GCGCCCCGGGCAUGGCGGCGGCGGAGCCCGGGAUGAAGCAGUUCAAUGGCGGCGGCGGCGCCGCGCCGGACGCGGAGCGCGGCCGCUUCCCGCACUGCGUGGUGUGGACCCCGAUCCCCGUCCUGACGUGGCUGUUCCCCAUCAUUGGCCACAUGGGCAUCUGCACCUCGGCCGGCGUCAUCCGCGACUUCGCGGGGCCCUACUUUGUGUCCGAGGACAACAUGGCAUUUGGGAAACCUGUGAAGUACUGGAAGCUGGAUCCCAGCAAGGUUUAUGCCACUGGUCCCAACGCGUGGGACACGGCCGUGCACGACGCCUCCGAGGAGUACAAGCACCGCAUGCACAACCUUUGCUGUGACAACUGCCAUUCCCACGUGGCUCUGGCCUUAAACUUGAUGAGAUAUGAUAACAGCACCUCCUGGAACAUGGUGAAACUGUGCUUCUUCACACUCCUCUAUGGGAGAUACGUCAGCAUAGGGGGGUUUGUGAAGACCUGGCUGCCCUUUGUCCUGUUCCUGGGGGUGAUUGUGACCGUGGUUCUCACCCUGCACCUGCGGUGAUGGCAGCCCUGACCCCCCAAUGCCUGAGCACACAAAGGAAGAAACUGUGACUUAUCCAGCAGGAUGGAGGCCUGGGGCUCUGGGAGCCUUUUCCAGGGAAGGUGGCAGCCCCACUCCAUCGUGACAGCUCAUCUUCGUCUCCUGGAGCUGGCUUCUUUUCCUCCUGUUUCUGUUCUGUCGAUGGUGUCUCCCCGUGUCAGGGGUCUGGAAGCUUCUGCCCUCUCCCUUUCUGCAGCUGGGGAGGUGGGAAUGGGAUCAGGAAGGAGAGGGGUGGGCACCUUUGCUUUCAGUGCCAAGAAAAGCCUCAAGGCAGACUGUGCCUCCUGCAGUGGCACGAGCAGAUCCACCUUGGGAGGGUCUCUCUGAUCCCCUGCUCUCCUCCUCCUCACCGAUGCUUCCUCAGAUUCCCUGGGUCUGCAGGUAGGAGUUGCUGUUUUCCCUGUGGCACACCUCUCCAGUAGCACACAUUCCAGAGGGGAGGUGUGGGCUGCCCCAGCACUCAGGGAUGGCCCCAGCAGUGGCAGGAGGUGAGGUGGGACGCUGCUGAGGGACGCUCGUGGCAGGGCCAGCUCCCCUGGUCCUGCUGGUGAGCCUGGCCAGGCAGGAAGGCUGAAGGGCUGGCUGGGGAACAGCUCAUGGCAGGGUGCACCCUCCAGGAGCCUGCUGCAGCUUGGGGAGGCAGCCCUUGGUCCCUUUCAGCUUGUGCCAGAGAAAACAUCACUCCCCUGCUUCUCCUUGGGCUCUCUGUUGCUAAAUGUGGCGCUGCAGUGCUCACAAGCCACUCGUUUCCCUUUGAUCCCCGAGCUCCCAGCAGGCAGCAGCUGGGGCAGAGAGCUGAGCCUGGGGCUGGAGAAGCUCUGGGAGCAGCACCUGAGCCUGGAGCUGGAGAGGGGGCUGGAGGCACUGGGAGCUGCCUGGCUGGCUGGGCUUUGCUGCAGCAAACUGGGGCACAGGCUUCUCCUGGCUGGUGGCUGAGGAAUGGUUUG